AUGUCUCGCAUUCCUCAACCAUCUCCACGUCCAACACCUGCCGCCAGUGCAUCUUCCCCUCGCGUGAGGACUAAGUCGGUCCCAAAAUCUCCGUCUAAGGCUAUUCGUAGGCCACCACCUGUCGAAAAUGAGCCACCUGUUCCCAAACCAAUAUUGAGCAUCAAGGAAGCUGUCGCUCUCAAGCGAGCUGAAGCGAGAAAGGCCGUAUCUACUUCUUCAUCCCGAGUAGGCCUUGGCAAUAGUGCAGGCUUUGAACGAAGAAGAAACACACCCGAAUUAGGGAGGUGGUCUGUGAAAGAGACCAUUGAGCGUGCUCGAAGCACAGGUGCCAUCAAUUUGUCCUCUCGCUCUCUACCAUGCAUUCCUUCUGCCUUUUCGGUAGCUUCCGAGCCACCCAUAUCUUCCUCCACGGAUGCUUCAAGUUCGUCCAGGCGGACUGGUCAACGAGAAGGUCCAGCGUGGUUUGAAGCCCAAGACUUGCAUGUGCUCAAAGUGUGGAAUAACGAUAUUGUCGAAAUACAGCACGAAAUCUCUCUCUUUGGAUCGCUGAAGACCGUUGAUUAUCUUUCUCAUAAUUCCCUCGCGGCGCUACCUUCAAAUAUCUUCGCCUUACCCAAUCUCACGCUCUCCUUUGGUGCCCGGUUCUCGAAGUCUUCCUCACAGAAAGCGCGAAACGAUACCUUCAGUUCCGGGGGAUUCUUUGGUCCUGUCAUUACGAGAGCCUCAUCGCCACUACCACGCCUUUCUGUCCUGGACGCGUCUCACAAUAAACUCACCGCUUUUUCCAUAGACCACGCCAAUCUGCCUCCCUGCAUUAUUCGAGCCCUUAGUCAUUUGAACUUCUCAAGGAACUUCGUUGUGAUAACCGCCGACAUCGGCGAUGAUGCUUUCCCCAGUGACUUAUUCCACUUCGAAAAUCCAUUGUUUCCCUCGGCUUGCAAUCUGCGUUGGUCUGGGCUAAAGCAGGAUAUUACGUACGAUUUCACUACUGAGCAGCCUCCCGAAGGCACUCUGAGGGUGUCUGUCGGCAAAAAGGUUGUUCGGGAAGCUUGGGAGAUAGAGGCAGAAAGAAGGGUGAAGAGCCGUGUGUCUAAAAGUGUGGCAGAUGCGGAAAGUACUGGUGGUUCCAGCAAAAUGGACGUAGGCCAAAACAAUGCGGAUGUAGUCAAGGAGGCUUGGGAGAUCGAGGCAGAACACUCCCUUAUCGGACACGGGCGCCCACCUACGCCUGCUAGCACCCUCGCAACCAUCAUCGAGCACAAGUUUAACGAAUCCGCAAUACUACCAUGCUACCACUCAAACGCUCACUUUACCCCCGCUCUCAGCUCCGACAAAGAGAGUCAUGCUCGAUCCUUCUCUUUAGCAACUCCAUUCUCGAGUGCACCAUCCUCUCAAGGCAAACUGAUUUUGCCCUUGCCUACAUUGACACUUCCCCUCGUUGCCAUAUCAGCUCAGUCGUUUGCACAGACGCUUAAGAUUCUCGUGUUACGCAACCGCAAAUUCGAUCUUUGCGUUUCUCUCCCAACCACUGGCGAGGUCUUACUCCCAAGCCUGGAGGAACUCGUUCUGGAUGGGUGUGGAUUCGGUGAUCAAGUCUCCGUUCUUCGAACGUUGGAUUUAUCUUAUAACGCUCUUACGUCAGCUUCGCUGCGGCAGGACAUCUUGUCUUCCCUCAUCCUGGCAGACAACUCCAAUUCCCGUAAAGGCCUCAGGCAUCUCAGACUCCGUGGCAAUCGAAUCGACGAACUUGAUGCUUUCCAGGGCAUCGCAGAUCUGUUCAAAGGUAACCAGGAACUAGACCUCAGAGACAACGAGAUUUCCAAGCUUCCUGCAGAACUUGGUCUUUGCCUUUGGACGUUCCGUAUACCUCAGAGGAAGGUUUGGGAAAGGGAAGGGACGAGGGGCCUUUUGAGCUGGCUGAGAGGUCGCUUGGAAUGA